UCUCCGGACCUCUCCCGCACCAGCGUCCUGUUCCACCUUCCCUGCUGUCCCAGGGGCGGAGGACAGCGAUUCUGUUCGUUUCUGCACGGUUCAUGUCCAGGAUUGGUUGCUGUGGUCGCAACGGUUUGGGAUCUGGGUGCAACUCUCUGCUGCCCGGGGGACGGAGUGAGCCGGAGAUUACGGGGAGGCUGAACUUCAUCGAGACGGGGAGCAGGCUCCAAGGAACUGCUGUGGUUUCUCUGCAACGCCUUGCCGUCCCCAGCUGACUUCAGUUUGAGGAACUGACCUGACAAACCUGACGACAGGGAUUUUAAAAAAGUGCCAAAAUCAAUGUUUGUCAGCCUCAGACGGGACCCACUCCACUCUCCGGACCUCUCCCGCACCAGCGUCCUGUUCCACCUUCCCUGCUCUCCCGGGGGCGGAGGACAGCGAUUCUGUUCGUUUCUGCACGGUUCAGUCCAGGAUUGGUUGCUGUGGUCGCAACGGUUUGGGAUCUGGGUGCAACUCUCUGCUGCCCGGGGGACGGAGUGAGCCGGAGAUUACGGGGAGGCUGAACUUCAUCGAGACGGGGAGCAGGCUCCAAGGCUCAGCAUGUCCUGUUCUGAACAUUUUGAGAUUUUCAACAUUACUUCCUUUGAAAACUACACCAAUGAGUGUGUACCUAUGGAUAAUGGGACCCAUCUGCCAGCAUCCUCUAUCUUGUCCAUCUUUGUCUAUGCCCUCACUUUCCUGUUGGGGGUCCCUGGCAAUGGUGCUGUCAUCUGGGUGACAGGCUUCAAGAUGAAGCGAAGUGUCAACACGGUGUGGUUCCUGAACCUGGCUGUGGCAGACCUGACCUACUGCCUCACCCUCCCCUUCCAGAUGGCUAACGUUGCUCUGGAAAACACCUGGCCGAGAGACAAUGUCCUCUGUAAGCUCCUUCCCUCAGCCAUCGUCCUCAACAUGUAUGCCAGUGUCUUCCUAUUGACCAUGAUCAGCAUCGACCGUUGCCUGGCCGUCACUAGACCCAUUUGGUCCCAGAUUCACCGGUCCCUGCCUUGGGUGCGUGUGGCCUGCCUUGGGGCCUGGGGCCUCGCCUUCCUCAUGUGCCUGCCCACUCUGCUGACACGGCAGAUGAACAUAGAUUCUGAGUUCGGCUUAAUUUUCUGCACCAUUAACUACACCGGGACAUAUUUUGGAGACCGGACCAGGGAGGUGGUGGAGGUGACACGGGCCCUCUUUGCCUUCAUCUUCCCCUUCUUCAUCAUGGCAUCCUGCUACCUCCUGAUCGGCCGAAAGCUGCAGAGGGGCAAGUUCGCCAAGUCCAGCAAGAUCACGAAGCCUCUCCGCCUCAUUGCAUUUGUAGUUGCCGCCUUUUUCAUCUGCUGGCUCCCGUACCACAUCUGCAGCCUAGCUCUGGCUUUCUUCAAACAUCAAGUGGCCUUCAUCUGGGAUGCAUUGUCCAUUGGCCUAGCCUCCCUCAACAGCGCCCUGAACCCCAUCCUCUAUGUCUUUGCUGGCCAUGACUUCCGCCUGGUCUUCCGGCGCUCCCUGUCCAGUUCGCUCCGUUUGGCCUUUGCUGAGGAGCAGAGAGAGUCAGCCUGCAGCACCCACAUCAAGACCAUCUCCAGGACGGUUGUCAGUGUGUGAGGGCUCUCUUUCUGGCUCCUUGCUCUGACCUGCAAUUAUCACACCCAUUCCUUCCCCCACUUUGCCUACCAUUGUUCCAGUCCUACAAGGCCUAGUGAACCAGAAUCCUUGGAUGAUAGCCACCACUGACCACCCCCCCCCCCAACCACCUAUUUGCCAGUGGUCUGUUCAUCCCCUGAGCAACUAACUGAAUAUUUCUCCGCAGUCGCCCGAUAGCGUCCUAUCAAAAAAAACUUGCCCCAGCUCAAAGCACCCUCUGAGUGAGUCCAGGCCAAGUUAGUUCACUGCCUCCUGGGCCCGGCUUCCUCAUUGCCAUGGCGACCAGAUACGACAGCUGGAUGAGCCGUGAUUUUUGCCCCCCGCACCCAACCCCACCCCAGCCCCCUCCAUCAGGUCCUUGCACAGCCUCCCCUGCUCCAGGGAGAACAGACUCCGGUCUCUCCUCGUAACUGCAACGCUCCGUCCCAGACAACGUCGUGUGGAAUCUCCUCUGCACCCUCUCCAGUGAAGUCACCUCCUUCCUGUCGUGUGGAGACCAGAAAUGGACACUGUACUCCAGCUGUGGGCUGACCAAUUGUUUCUAAAGUUGCUGCGUCACCUCUCCGGCUUGAAGAAGGAUGAAGACACAAGAGGCAGCAGGCACUGGAAUGUGGAUCAGCAAAGCAUUUGCUGGAGUGAACUGAGGUUAUAUCUGACAUGAAAUAGAGAAGAGAGCCUUUGAUAAACUGCUUGCAAAUAUUUCAAGACUGUCACAGUUCCAAUUAAAAAUCACCUCAAU